GCUGCUCACAUGCAACGUUAACGCCACCCAUAGGAAAAAGGGUGGCCAGAUAUAAAAUAGGACAGAAUCUAGGCCAUUCAAAGCCAUUGGGUGAAUUGCCACGGUUGAAUGCAAUUAAAAAUAUAUCAAAUUCCAAUGUACAAAAUCGUUGAACGAGCGAUGCAAAAAAAACGGUUGAUAAACCCUGUGUUUUAUUUUCUACAACACAUUAUUUGGACUACAUUUCCCAGGGAGCCCGGCGGCGCUCGUCGCCGUAUCCAGGAAGUGACUCCCCGUUGUCAACCACAACUUAGCCCACAGUGCCCAGUGCCCACAAUAUGAAGAUGUGGGCUCUGUCUGACAUUUACGGUUCUCCUUCCGCCUUGCUUUGACGUCAAGCUCCCUAAAGAGAUGAGUGGCUGUGAAGAACCCCCGGCCCAGAGACUCCUCGGUAAUGGCCGGGGGGUUCGGGUCACGGAGAUGAUUGCAAGACAUGACGACCCCAGAGUGGAGGUCCCCCUCUCUCCAGCCAUGCUCAGGACUGUGUGUGGAACCGAAGACCUCUCCCAGAUCAGCUGCCUGGAGAUCUGUGUGGACACGAGGGAGAACACACUGGGGAACAUUGGUGCCUGCUUGCCCGGGCUGGUGGAGCUGAGGCUGAACAACAGCGCGAUGGCGUCGGUGCGCGACCUGGGCAGCACCCUGGCCCACCUUCAGGUGUUGAGGCUGUCCCGCUGCUGCCUCCAGGACCUUGACGGCGUCAUCCCCUUCACCCACCUCAAGGAGCUGUACCUGGCCUACAACAGCGUGUCCGACCUCAGCCAGCUCAGCAUGCUGGACCAGCUGCAGGUCCUGGACGUGGAGGGGAACGACGUAGACGACUUGGUGCAGGUUCAGAACCUGGCCUUCUGCAGCCAGCUCCACACCCUCAGCCUGCAGGGGAACCCGGUGUGUGUGCGGCCACACCCCGGCGCCAGCCAGGGCUCUGAGUACAGCUAUCGGGUAGCAGUGAGGGAAUUGGUCCCUCAGCUGCGUUACCUUGACGAUGUGAGGGUGGAGGAGGAGGGGCCCGGCAGCAUCAGCAGCACCAUGGGAGAAGAGUGGGCUGUGGUUCGUGACGCAAUAAGAGACCGCAACUCCACACAGACUGCUGCUCAGGAUGCAGCACCAGCAGAGGAGGAGGGGGGGGCGUGGCCGCAAAGCAGACCCAGCCCCAGACUCCCUGGCUGCACCCGGACGAUGACAUCACCGCUCCGUAGACCCAUGACAUCAUCCAACCCCGUUGCUAUGACAUCACCGCUCCGUUCACCCAUGACUUCACCCAGCUCCAGGACGAUGACGUCACCCAGCUCCAGGAAGAUGACAUCCCCGCUCCGUUCACCCAUGACUUCACCCAGCUCCAGAACGAUGACAUCACCCAGCCCCGUUACUAUGACAUCACCGCUCCGUUCACCCAUGACUUCCCCCAGCUCCAGAACGAUGACAUCACCCAUCUCCAGACCGAUGACAUCACCGCUCCGUUCACCCAUGACUUCACCCAGCUCCAGAACGAUGACAUCACCCAUCUUCAGGACGAUGACAUCACCCAGCUCCAGGACGAUGACAUCACCCAGCUCCAGGACGAUGACAUCACCCAUCUCCAGACCGACGACAUCACCAUUUUCCAGAGCGAUGAUGUCACCCAGCUCCAGACCCAUGUCAUCACCAUGCUCCAGCACGAGCCCCAGACCAGUGUCCUCGCUCGGUAUCAGGCCUUUCUCUGCAGGCUCCGACCCGUCUGAGGGGGGCGAUGCCGGCGCCAGCUCCCUCACACAUGGGGCUGGGAACAUCUUGUUCUGUGGGAACCCGGUGCAGGCGCUGCGAGCCCGGCGAGAGAACCUGAGAGUACGGGCAGUGGACCAGAGUCACUCUAAACACAUCACCACCAGGAACCCCACCACCAUGGCACUGACGGCCCCCAGCUCCCCAUGUGGGCCCCCAGGCCGCCUGCCCCUCCAUGUCUCUGAGCCCCCGUCUGACCCGGGGGAGCCCAGACCAGAGGGCCCCGGAGUGGGGGACCGCAGCGACGUGUUAGAGGACCUCCGGGCCUGGAGGAGGCAGCACGCCAAACGUCUCCAGCUCAUAGAGAAGGACAGGCAACCAGAGGUGCUGAAAGUAAACCACAGUGACGAAGAUUGCGAUGACGAUGAAGAGGAAGAUGAUGACGACGAUGACCUUGGCGUUUCAAACACCGACGAGAGCAGCGAGGAGUGCGAGGCAGAUGAAGAGGAACGGAGGGAUAAGGGACGGCAGCCUGCCUCUCCAGACUCCUCCUUCGUCUCCCUCUCUCCAGACUCCCCCUCCGUCUCCCUCCUGCCGAACUCCCGCCCUGUCUCCCUCUGUGCAGACUCCCCCAUGGUCUCCCUCUCUCCGGACUCCGCCUCCGCCUCCCUCUCUCCAGACCAGCCACAGAAUGAGGCGGACAGGCCUCGGCUCCUCUCCCCCUUGACUACUCCUUCUCCUCCUCCUCCUCCUCCUCGGGGCCCCUCCCCGGUUGCCCCGGCGACCCGCAGGCCGUCCGGGCUCCGAACACAGAGACGGAGGCUCCUCCCUGUCACGGGAGGGACCCUGGAAGUCUCGGAGGACCGCCGGCAGCAGGAGCAGCCUCUAGUGGGGGCAGGGACCCCCAGGAGAGACCCAGGGCAGUGUGCUACGAGGGCCCCGGAGCAGGGGCCCCUGAGGCCCCUGACAGAACCGGGACCCCCGACCAGCCGGUCCGGGGCUACAAGGCACCAGUGCAAAGUGAUGGAUAUAUCGACGGUCCCACCCGCAACCGCAAGACCCCCGGACGGACCAGACAGUACCGGGGGAAAAACAGCAAACGCCGCGCUACAGAAUCAGCUCCAGCGUUACGCUCUCAAGCCCAGCAGGGGGAGCCCUCCCCUAGACUGAUGAGCUCAGGAUUAGCCCUGGCCGUCGGGCACUUUGUGGCCAAUCCGUGGUGGUCGCUAUGUCGAACCUCUGCUUCACCUGCUGCAACAGCAACCACGGCAAUACGAUUGUUUCGAACGUCUUUCUACCGUGUCUGCUUCUAGUGUCACCACAACGUCUAUUUUACCCUUUUAUUUUUACAUUAGACUAUUUAUCAUUUUCAAUUGUGUUAAUGUUUUCUGAUGUUUGAUGACCUUGUGUAUCCUGAAACAAAAUAAUAAAAAGUAUAAUUAUUAUAUCAAUAUAAUAAUAAUAAUUACUAUUAUUAUUAGUGCUCCAGAAAUUCCAAAGGGACAAACAGAGCAAUGUACUCUCGUUGUUGUAAAAAUAUAAGGGGUUACGAUUUUAAUAAACAUUAGCUUUUGCAAUUUUCAGCUGGCUCCUCUGGAUGUGUGAUUAUUAGAUAUAUGAAGGAUUUCUCAGGGUUAUAUAUUGUUCUUCAAAGUUGCAUCAUAGAUGAAAAGAGUUUAGUUUGAUUUUUUUUUAAGAAAGUAUAUUGUGUUAUUCGUGUUGAUCGAUUACAUUUUGGAAAAUAUACUACAAUGGAGUCUUAAUGUCUGAUGUUUUUGUUCUUGCUUUCUCUUCUCACAAAGGCAUGCUUGUAAUGAUACCAAAGUUCCUCUUAGGGGAGCUAUGCUGAAAUAUUCCCUCAUGCUUCAGUCCAUCAGUUUAGUGACUAUUAUACCUUGAAAUGGGGAUAAUAAUGAAUUCGGUCACAUCAGAGACAACCUUUGUCAUUGAAUAGACGAUGCUCAGAUAAACAACCUCCAUCUUAAAAUAUUUGCUUCAACUGACGUGUAAGGUGUUUUGCCGAUCAGGAUGAUAUAAUUCCUCUGAAAUUAAAUGUAAUCAAAGCCUA